AAACCAAAAAAGUGUUAAAGCUUGAAAAAUUGUAGAAAACUACACCAAGGUGAGUGAAGAUAUAUAUUCAUAGUUUCCAAGGGAAUUAAUAUCUCCAUAAAAAGGAAAGUGGCGAAAAUUAAUGGCUGCCACCGAGGAACCAAUUCUCUCUAGGAUUGACCGUUUGGAUAAUAUGUUGAGGCAAUUGGAGGUAAUCAGAGGGUGCAAUCCAUCUCCAAAGAGCUCGUGUGCAUCUACUCCAACAAGUGGAAGUGAUGGACACGUGUCAUCCACUGAUUUCUCCCCAAAGAGUUUAGAGAAGCACUGCCGUCCGAUUGAAUUCGUGAUGAUGGAGACCGAAGUCAAAGGAACGAUGAUAGAGAGGCUCAACCAAGUGGAGGAUCGAAUGCUAAAGCUUUGUUUGCAGCUGGAGGAAGAGUUGGUAGCAAAGAAGAAAGAGGAAGAGAAGAAAAUGAAUAGCCCGAAGAAGGGUUUUAAACAGCUUGUGAAGCAAUGUGUGAAAGCUAGGGGAAAAUAUAGUACUAAUAAUAAACAAGCAUGAAUGGAUUAUAUAACCAUUGUAGCUGCUCCCCAACUGUGCCAUUAAUGUUUACAAUUUUAACGUACAUUUAUUGUUCCUUUUGUGGAAUGCUCAAGUAAAGAUAGGUUUUCAUUUUUCUAGUUCUGGUUUCCAUUUGCUUGUUUAUAGCAUGACUAAAGUGAUGAUAAUAUAGAUUUUUUUUCGUA